CAACGGUUGGAAAGAAAAAAACAUUAAAAAUCAUUCAUGACAUUAAUGUAUUAUUAUUGGAAUAAUAACUAGUGUAGUCAUAUAAUAGGAAAGACAUGUAGUUUUAGUCAUAUGAGUGAUAAUUUUCUCUUUUACAAUGUCUUGUGUAAUGCUCAAUUUAAAUGAGAAUUACACCAAUAUCAAAUGAGCAUAUGUAAGCAUCGAAAAAUUUAAAAACUCAUUUAAAAUCUCUAGUAUGCUCAAAUAUCAAUUUGUGUAUGUUCAUUUAAUAUAAUAUACAUGUGCAACAAAAAAUAAGAUAUUUCAUGAAAAGAGGAAUGAACUUUCACUCUGUAAAUUUUUCAAACAGUUGGUAGACAAAAGUUUAAAAGCUCAUUUAAAAUUUCUAGUAGUUUCUACUCCCUGCGAUUUUUCUUCUCCAGGCUAAUAGGCCACUCACAAAGUUUCCUACACACAUAUAAUCAAAUACAAAUUCAAUUCUCAAAUAGAAUGGAAGCAGACGUCGGAGCUUUAGAGAUCGAGCGUGGAGGUCGAAGACUAAUUCUGAAGAAGAAAAUAGAGGCUUGUAUUGGAUCUCAAAGAGUUGGUGGCGGCUGGAAUUUUGACUCCCACCGUCAUUCAUGUAAAGAGUUACUCCGUAUUUCAUUGUCAAGAACAAAGAUAUUAAUAACCACAUUGAAACCGGUAAACAGUCACAAAAAUACCGGGUGUAUAUGUACACCCGGGUGCACCUUAAAAUUUGCCCACAAACAAGUCGAGCCAAACUCGAACAUGGGUAUGCCUGAGUUUGAGUUUGAUAAGAAUUUACGAUCUCGAGUUCGAGCUCGAGCUUGAACGUGAUAAAUAAGUCGGGCUCGAAGUCGAGCCGAGCUGAUGGAGAAUAUGGACCCCGACCCCCCGGCUUACCAAUCAUUGGGCCUGGACAGGCAGACAGCGAUUCACGCACAACAACAGACAACAUUUAUAUUACUGUGUAGUUUACAUAUUCAUUGUAUGUACUAGAUUAGCUUCUUAUACUAUUAGUCUAUUUAUGUAACCGG